AGUGUUCAUACCAUUGUACAAUGGUUACCUAGUUUGGGAAACGUUACACACGCAAAGCCUACUAAGCGUUUGGUACGUCGGUACCCCCAGUCUGGUAUUGACGUUUUUGGGAGUUGGGUAACCGCACAUGACUGGUAUAGUGAACUUGGUUCCACUCCAACUGCCGCCGAUUUUACUGCUGCCUUUACAUCACAGCUAACUGGAGCGGUGGAUCGUAUAUUCCCUCUGAAAACCUUUAAGUGUAACCAUAGUGACAAGCCUUGGAUAACAUCAGCCAUUAAACUGUUAAUUAAAGAUCGACAGAAAGCCUUUCACAGUCUAAACUUGCCCCUGUGGCCGUCACUAAGGCACAAAGUACAACAAGAAAUUACUGUAAGGAAGAAAGCAUACUAUAAAAACAAAGUCCAGCAUUUAAGGAAAGACGACUGCCAAAGGUGGUGGGGAGCUGUCAAUAGACUGACCAUCAGGUCCGAGAAAGCAUCGUCUUACUCGCUGGAAUGUGAUGGCAAAGUCCUCAAUGAGACGGAGUUAGCUGUCACCUUAAAUCAAUUUCAUGUUUCCAGUAAUGAGGACAUCCCACCUUUGGAUGCCACUAAAAUACCAGCUUUCUUGCCGGCCGAGACUUGUGUCCAACUAUCCAACCUCAUGAAGUUUGCAGGAAGCUCUUGGCAGUUCAGC